UCAAAGUAGUCGUAGCACCAUAACCAUAAUUUGGGUGAGAGUUAAAACGUGUCCAUAUUGAAAAUUACUACGCAGAAACUUCGGACUCUCAAACAAACAAACCCAACAACAAGCAAAAGUCAUCUUCUUCCUUUCGCCCUAAUUCCCCAUUUUCUCUCUCCUCUUUCCAGAAUCUCAUCAUUCAUCUUUCUCCUUUUUCUUUGAUCUCCCCGAUUUCCUCUUAUGGCGACUACCGGUCACAACAAUCUCAAUGCUAAAUUGGUUCUUCUCGGUGAUAUGGGAGCUGGAAAAUCCAGCGUUGUACUUCGGUUUGUUAAAGGUCAAUUCCUCGAAUUCCAGGAAUCGACGAUCGGAGCAGCGUUUUUCUCGCAGACAUUAGCAGUAAAUGACGCCACAGUGAAGUUUGAGAUAUGGGAUACUGCUGGUCAAGAAAGGUACCACAGUUUGGCUCCUAUGUAUUACAGAGGUGCUGCCGCCGCGAUUAUCGUAUACGACAUUACUACCCAGGAGUCUUUUUCUCGUGCUAAGAAAUGGGUACAAGAACUUCAGAAGCAAGGGAAUCCAAAUAUGGUAAUGGCACUUGCAGGGAACAAAGCUGAUUUAGAAGAAAAGAGGGUUGUUUCAGCAGAAGAGGCACGUACAUAUGCUGAAGAAAAUGGUCUCUUCUUUAUGGAAACAUCAGCAAAAACAGCUCAGAAUGUUAAUGAGAUAUUCUAUGAAAUAGCCAAAAGAUUACCAAGGGCCCAAAUGCCACAGAAUCCAGCUGGAAUGGUUCUUGUUGACCGGCAGGGAGAUGCAGCCAGAGCUUCAUCAUGCUGUUCUUAAGUAUUCUGUACUGAGCUUUGCUUCGUCUAUGAUGUUCAUAUGCAGGAACAGGUCUGUUUCAGAGUAGGAGAGGUGACAAGAUUCCAGGGCUGUUGUUGAGUGGAUAAUAUAUAUGCAUAGCCGUUGUUUCGUUUGUGUCCGUGUAAUUUGUAAAUUUGGCGUGAUUGAAUCUGUUUUUAUUGUUACUGCAUAAAUUUCAUCAUAGCUGUUUAUGUAUGAAAGAUUAAUGGCUUGUUUAAUGAAGAAAUCAAGUCAUAAUUGUGGACAGCCUGGAGUUUCACAUUUA